UACACCACACUAGCUAGCUCUCGACCGAGGUUACAGCUAAGGUACAUAGACCACAUACGUCUGCUUGUUGGUUUGGUACGAAUAUAUAUCAUCAGCUGAAUAAUGGAGAUUACGGGCACCACGAUGCUGAAGCCGGCGUACCCCACGCCGCACCCGCUGGCCGGCGACAGGGUCCCGCUGACCAUCUUCGACCGCGCCGCCAUCGACACUUACGUCCCCAUCGUGCUCGCGUAUCCCGCCCCGGCGCCGUCCAACGAGGCGCUCAAGGAGGGCCUUCUCAAGGGCGUCGCACCGUACCCUCACAUGGCGGGCCGUCUCGCCGUCGAUCACCGGGGCCGGCGGUUCAUCCAUCUCAACAACGAGGGCGUGCUCGUGAUAGAGGCCGCUGCGACGACGGCUGUCUUGGCGGACGUGCUCGCCGCUGGCGGCAUGACCACGGACGUCGCUGACUUUUAUCCUACUGUGCCGGAGGAGAGCGUUGGAGAGGCGCUGCUGCAGAUCAAGCUCAGCCGGUACAGGUGCGGCGGGCUCGUGAUCGGCGUCAUGGUGCACCACCACAUCGUCGACGGCCACUCGGCGAGCAUGUUCUGCAGCACGUGGGCGAGAGCCGUGCGCGAGGGCAACGGCUUCAGAGCGCCGUCCCCUGCCCUCGACCGCGCGGCCACGGCUGCGCCUCGCGGCAUGCCGAAGCCGGCGUUCGACCACCGGUUCAUCGAGUUCAAGGGAUCGCAAGGCAGCAGCAGCGGCGGCGAAGACAAGUCUUACGAGGUCCUUCCAAUGGACAAGAUCAAGAACCUCACCGUGCACUUCCCGGCGGAGUUCGUCGCCGAGCUCAAGGCCCGGGUGGGCGCCCGCUGCAGCACGUUCCAGUGCCUGCUGGCGCACGUGUGGAAGAAGAUGACGGCGGCGCGGGGGCUGAAGCCCGAGGAGUUCACGCAGGUGAGGGUGGCCGUGAACUGCAGGGGCAGGGCGAGGCCGGCCGUGCCCAUGGACUUCUUCGGGAACAUGGUGCUGUGGGCGUUCCCGAGGCUUCAGGCCCGGGACGUCCUGCGCUUGAGCUACCGCGGCGUGGUCGCUGCCAUCCGUGACGCCGCGGCGCGCAUCGACGAUGAGUAUAUCCAGUCGUACGUGGAUUUUGGAGGGUUGGCCGACGCGAACAGAGAGGAUCUACUUGCGACGGCGGCUAUGGGCACGAUGCUCUGCCCGGACAUUGAGGUGGAUAGCUGGCUUGGGUUCAGCCUCCAUGAUCUCGACUUUGGCACCGGCCCAGCAUCGGCGUUCCUGCCGCCGGGCUUGCCGGUUGAAGGGCUGAUGGUGUUCGUGCCGUCACGCGCAUCAAAGGGCAGUGUCGACCUUUUCAUUGCCGUUGCGGAGGAUCACGUUGCGGCCUUCCAGAAUGUUUGCCACUCCUUGGACUUGGAUCCUCUCCCAGCGAGGAUGUAGGAUAAGGAAAUAUCGGAGUACGUACGGUUGUUUGGUUAAGUAAUUUUUUUUAUUUUUGAAAGGGGUUGUUGUUUGGUUAAGUUCAAUUUGUACAAACAUUCAAGAUAUAAUAAAUCAAAUAAUGAGGCUUGGGUA